UCACAGUCAGUUUCUUGAAGACCACGAUGGAGCGUGCAUAUUGAAAUGUUAUUGAAAGGCUGAAGCGCAUUCACGUGUUCAUUAAAACUAAAACAUUCAAUGAAAAUGUUACGAUUCGUUUUGAUUUUUUUAACUUUAACGUUAAUCGAGGGACAAAAAAGGAAUUUUUCUAACUUUCCUUGUCCGCUACGUUGUGUUUGUUUUAAAAAGACAGUAAGAUGCAUGCAAGUAGAUCUCUCGGCGGUACCCGAUGUUGCAUUACAAACAACUUUGCUCGAUCUUCGAUUUAACAAAAUUAAGCAGCUUCAACCGCAGCAAUUCCAAUAUCAUAAGCACAUCAAGUCAAUAUUAUUAAACAAUAACGCGCUGACCGAGUUGCAGAAUGGCAUAUUUACGGGAUUGGCCCAACUUCGGCAUUUAUACUUGUACAAAAAUAGGAUAAAGCACAUCGAUGCGGAUGUAUUUCAAGGAUUGGUAAAUUUAGAACAUUUAUAUUUGCACGAUAAUGAAAUUGAAACUUUCGAGCCGAGGACCUUCUCGAAUAUGCCAACACUUGAGAGGCUAUUUUUAUACAAUAAUAAAAUCCAGCACAUCCAGAGCGGUUCCUUUUCGGGACUCUCGCGUCUUUCCCGUUUAAGGCUAGAUUCGAAUGCGCUAGUAUGUGAUUGCCAACUGGCUUGGCUGGUGGGGAUGAUCAAAGAGAAACAAAUCCACAUUGCUGCCAGCUGUCAGCAUCCCCAUGAGAUGUACGGGAAGCCUUUGAAGGGGAUGAAAAUCAAGGACUUUCAUUGCAGUGCGCCCCAGAUUUUAGUAAACCCCCAAGAUGUACACGUAUCAUGGGGAGGAACGGCUGUAUUUACGUGUCGCGCCGAGGGCAAUCAAUCUGUUAUAUGGAUGCGUAAUCAUGUCGAGCUGCCGCCAGACGAUAGGUACCACAUCAUGCCCGAUGGCAGUUUAAUGAUAGAGAAUUCUCAAGAUAUUGAUGUGGGAUAUUACGAAUGUAUGGUGAAAACCAGCGAGGGCGAAUCUAAAUCUAGGCCGGCGAGAAUGGUAGUGUUGAACCCUGUUAUACAAAACAAGCAGCAGUUAAAUUUUUACGAUGGACGUAGACCAAAAUUCAUCGAAACUCCUAAAAGUGUAUCAACAUCCGUUGGAGAUACGCAGAUUGAGUUGCAGUGUAAAGCGGCCGGUGACCCCACUCCGACGAUUACCUGGUCACAAAACGGCAUUCUUCUCUCUUUGUCAUCGAGAAAAUUUAUUAACAGCGAGGGAACUCUUAUAAUACGACCGGUCCAGUCCGACGACUACGGUAUUUACAGGUGCGAAGCUGACAACAUCCACGGACGUAUCAGUGCAACUGCAGAAGUGCUCAUCAAUGUCCCGCCUGUAUUUACGGUACAUCCGGAGAGUUUAAAUAUUCAAGUUGGGCAAGAUGUAAAGAUCGAGUGUGUUGCGGUUGGCACCCCUGUGCCCCAGAUUUCGUGGUUUAGAAACAAUAACCGAUUGAGACCGACAGAGCGAACAUUUAUAUCAUCCGAUGGUACAGUGCUUGAAAUAAGAAAUGCAAUUGGUUCGGAUGCGGGUUUAUAUGUCUGUGAAGCUAGAAACGAAUUGGGAUACAGAGAGGCCAGCGCGAAUGUUGUUAUCGAAACUGUUGUGAAGAAUCCUCCAACCCUGAUCUACAAGCCGUAUGAUAUUCAAGCAAUUUUAGGAAGCACGAUUGAACUGCCUUGUAAAGGGGAAGGUACACCUACACCAGGUUUGCAGUGGCGGAAAGAUGGGAGCGAGUUGGCAAGGACUGGUCGCAUCCGUACGUCGGUUACAGGCAAUUUGUACAUAGUUGGUAUCGCAUUGGAAGACGCUGGACGUUACGAGUGCAUCGCCAUUAACGAACACGGAAGAGCUAGCGCAUCCGGGUACGUCACAAUUAAAGAAGAAAUUCAUCCAGCUGGUCUUGGGGUAGGAGACAAGUUGGUUAAAAUCGCAUUCGCAGAAGCUACCCAAGAAGUUGACUUAGCCGUGAACAGAACAAUAGACAAGUUGUUUAAUCACUACGGAGGACCGCGUAGUUCAGAAGAACUGUUCAGAAUUAUCCGUUUUCCGAACGCGCCUGCGCGUGAGCUCGCUCGCGCAGCCGAGGUUUACGAACGCACCUUGGUCAACAUAAGGAAACACGUACAAAAUGGAAUGUACUUGAAUCACACUGUCGACUUUAACUAUCGGGAAAUAUUGUCACCUGAACACUUGCAGCUAAUCGCUAAAUUAUCUGGAUGUACGGCGCAUAGAGCAUUCCGCAACUGUACAGAUAUGUGCUUCCACUCUCGAUAUCGCUCAAUCGACGGUACGUGUAACAAUCUUCAAAAUCCAACAUGGGGAGCGUCUCUCACAGGAUUUCGGCGUAUUCUCAAGCCGAUAUACGAAAAUGGGUUCAGCACCCCCAUCGGCUGGAAUCGAGAACUAAAGUACUACGGCUUCCCCAAACCCAGUUCCCGCUUGGUUUCUUCGACUCUUCUCUCCACGGAAAAAAUUACGCAAGAUAUCCACAUCACGCACAUGGUAAUGCAAUGGGGCCAGUUCUUGGACCACGAUCUCGAUCACGCCCUACCUUCCGUCAGUUCGCAAAGUUGGGACGGUAUCGACUGCAAGCGUUCGUGCGACUACGCGGCACCGUGUUAUCCAAUCGAUAUCCCUCCGGGUGAUCGUCGCGUGAAAAAUCGACGCUGCAUCGAUUUUUUCCGCACGUCCGCAAUUUGCGGAUCGGGAAUGACGUCGGUAUUCUUCGACUACUUGCAACCGCGAGAACAAAUUAAUCAACUCACUUCCUACAUUGACGCCUCGCAAGUUUACGGCUACUCUGAAGACCUGGCGAACACUCUGCGCGAUCUCACCAACGAUCACGGUCAUUUGCGACGAGGUCCAAUUUUCCAGAAUCGAAAGCCCUUACUACCGUACGACGGAAUACAAGGCAUGGAUUGCCGGCGGAAUCUCACUGAAAGUAGCGUCAAUUGCUUUUUAGCGGGCGAUAUACGCGCGAACGAGCAAAUAGGCUUGCUAGUUAUGCACACGGUUUGGUUUAGAGAGCACAAUAGAGUCGCAGAUCAGCUGCGACAGUAUAAUCCGCACUGGGACGGUGAGAGACUCUACCAAGAAGCGAGGAAAAUUGUCGGAGCUGCGAUGCAACAUAUCACCUACGAAUACUGGCUUCCUCAUAUUGUCGGCCCUAAAGGUAUGGAAAUGUUGGGCAAGUACAAAGAGUACAACCCCACAGUGAAUCCUUCAAUUGCCAACGUGUUUGCCACGGCCGCUUUGAGAUUCGGCCACACGCUAAUUAACCCAAUUCUAGAGCGCCUAGAUCAUACCUUCAAACCGAUCAAAGAAGGCCACCUGCCGCUUCACAAGGCUUUCUUCGCCCCGUGGCGUUUGGUGGACGAAGGCGGUGUCGAUCCCCUGCUCAGAGGUUUAUUCAGCGCCCCCGCUAAGGUAAAGAGGCCACACGAAAACCUCAACACGGAAUUGACAGAGCGCCUGUUUGAAUCGGGACACGCGGUCGCCUUGGAUUUAGCGGCGAUGAAUAUCCAUCGCGCCCGAGACCACGCGAUACCCGGAUACAUCGAGUUUAGAAAGUUCUGUAACAUGUCCGAGGUUGACACGUUCGACGAUCUCCGAAACGAAAUUACGGAUCCGGAAAUUCGAAGAAAACUGAAAGAGCUCUACGGCCAUCCCGGGAACAUAGACGUUUUCGCCGGUGGUAUAUUGGAAGAUCAAGUGGAAGGUGGCCGAGUCGGGCCACUAUUCAGAUGCCUGCUAAUUGAACAGUUUCGGCGAUUGCGCGAUGGCGAUCGGUUUUGGUACGAAAAUCCGUCAACGUUUCAACCGGAACAGCUUGUACAAAUUAAGCAGUACACGCUAGCGCAAGUGAUCUGCGACACCAGCGACAAUAUAACUACAAUUACCAAAGAUGUCUUUCGUAUGCACGACCUGCAAGGAGGCCUUACGGCAUGCUCUGAACUUCCGAGAGUUGAUUUAAGAUUCUGGACGGAAUGCUGUAACGACUGCAGGGUUUCUGGACAAAUUAACACAAUAAGUAGACUCAGUGGCCGGCGAUUUAGGAGGGAGACGGGCAACACCACAAUGGUGGAGGAUACGCUCGAACUAAAUUCAAGUAAAGAUAAUGUGGAGAGUCUAAUGCGUAGAGUGGAAAAGCUUGAAAGUACCCUAAAGGCUUUGAAUAAGAAAUUUGCGACGCUAGAAAAGAAUUGUAGAAAUGUAUAAACUGCAUCUGUCACAUCAAGUGGGAAUAUAACCACGUGUGAAGGUAAACUGCCCUUUGUAAUAUUAACAGAAAUUGAAUAUUAUGUGAUUAUAGCUUUUGCGUCUGUGUUCAUAAAUAAUAAGUAAAUUAUAAAUGAAAGAUAUUACCUAGUUACUUAAGAUUGUCUUAACAAUAAACAAAUAUGCUGCACCAUAGCAUAAAUAGUGCGACUAUUCUCUAAGCUUUAUUUUUUUAGCGUAGUUUUAUUACAAUAAAGUAUCGUUACCAGUUAUUGUUAUUAUAUUAGUUAUAAGCGGAAAACCUUUUAUAUUGCCUUUUCCCUAUGUUAGCGCCGUUUUCUUAGAAUUAAAAGAUUCUAGUUACCCUUCAAA